AUGUCCUUCAAAGAAAGAGAUUUACUUUACCGUCUGAUCAUAAGUCAACUUUUUUAUGAUGGUUUUCAGACUAUGGCUGUUAAUUUGGUUAAUUUAGUAAGUCCUUCAAUGGCAUGUGGUCCAUCUAAUCGCUUAUUUCGUCUUGUAAAACUUGGUCUUUCUGCUUCUGAAGAUGACCAUGAAAAAUCGGGCGUUAUCGAAGGCGAAAGUAUUGCUCCAGGCACAGGGAUCGAUCUGGAGGUCGAAAGUGAAAGUUCUACAAUGGCUCCUGAGGCAGCUUUAUAUGAAACUUGUUAUGUAACAGCGCAUAAAGCAGCUUGUCGUGCAGCAUCCUUUAACAGUACAGGUCAGUUAGUUGCAACAGGAUCUCAUGAUUCUUCUAUAAAGAUACUUGAUGUUGAACGAAUGCUAGCCAAAAGUGUUUCACCAGCUGAUCAUUUAGGUCAAGAAACACCACAACAACAAAUGGAAACUCAUCCAGUUAUACGAACACUUUAUGAUCAUACAGCUGAAGUUACGUGUGUCGACUUCCACCCAGAUCCAACAUUGCAAAUCCUUGUUAGUGGAAGUAAAGAUUAUACAAUUAAACUGUUUGAUUUUUCGAAUCCAUCUGUAAAAAAAGCUCAACGAAAUAUCCCGGGCAAUCACUUAAAUUUAGCAUGA